UACACCAACUCCUAAACAAUUUUCAUAUCUAAAUUAAAAAUCAUAUGCUCAACAUUUCAAAGACUAGGGAGGUGAUGUCUUCUGAACAUGAUUCUUGCAGUGCAGUGCUGCAAACAAGGAAAUGCAACUUGAGAAUUGCAAUCAGCAAUGGAAAGUGAAACCUUGAUAGAGACUGAUACUGCCAUUGCAAUGCCAUUCUCAACAUCAGAAGCAAAUAAAUGGUCAUCAUACCACUUUUGAAGACGAAGGCGGUGACACUGUUUCAUUCUCAUCGUGAUCCAAGUAGAUUGAAUAACAAUGCACAUUUUUCACGUAUCAAACAUACUCAUACAAUGCCAAUGCCAAUGCCAUUGAAAUCCACUGCCAAUCUCAAUUUCAGAGCGUUAUGUAGAAAGGAUCAGUUGAAGGAGGCGCUACACAUUCUGCUCACUACACACACACCCCCUGUAAACCCUUCUGCAUAUUUUCAACUAUUGCAGACCUGCAUUGCCAAUAAUGCGCUUUCACAAGGUACACAAAUCCACUGUCUCAUCACGCAGAGGGAAUUUCCAUUUAUUACAAGUACACUUUUUCAAAAUAAGCUUAUUGACAUGUAUGUCAAAUGCGGAAGUCUGGCGCAUGCUCGGAAGGUUUUUGACGACAUGAAAAAACGAAGUGUCUCCUCAUGGAAUACCAUUAUCGCAGCUUACCGAAGACAUGGGUAUCCUCACGAGGCAUUGACAUUGUUUCACCAAAUGCAACGAACAGGUGUCGAACCCGAUCACUUCGCCUUCGCCACCAUACUACCAGCUUGUGCCAAAAUAAGAGAUUUGGAACAGGGUAUGGACAUCCAUCGAAGCAUAAUAGAAAGGGGAUUUUUGUCAGAUGUUGUAGUUGCAAGUGCCCUGCUAGACAUGUAUGCAAAAUGUGGAAGCAUCGAUAAGGCACGUGAACUGUUUGACAAAAUGCCUGGAAAAAAUGUGAUCUCAUGGAAUGCAAUGAUCGCAGGAUAUGCACAAAAUGGUGAUCUUGACAAGGCUCUAAAGAUUUUCAAAGAAAUACCGGAAAGAAAUGUGGUUUCAUGGAAUGCUAUGGUCGCGGGAUAUGAACAAAAUGGAUUUGUUGAAAAGGCCUUGGAGUCAUUUAAGCAAAUGCGUUUGGCAGGCAUAAAGCCUGACCGGGCAACCUUUGCCAGCGUCCUACCAGCCUGUGCCGAAAUGGGAUCUCUAGAAAAGGGUAUGGGCAUCCAUGAAAGCAUAAUCGAAUUUGGAUUUUUGUCAGACGUGGUAGUUGCAAAUGCCCUGAUAGACAUGUAUGCAAAAUGUGGAAGAAUAGAAAAGGCACGCCAAGUGUUUAACAAAAUGCCUGAAAAAAAUGUAGUUUCAUGGACGGCAAUGAUGGCGGGAUAUGCACAAGGUGCUUUUCUUGGCGAGGCUUUAAGGCUUUUUAAAGAAAUGCCACAACCAGAUCUCAUCUCAUGGAAUACCAUCAUUGUAGGAUAUGCGGUAAAUGGGUUUGCUGAAAAAGCCUUGGAGGCUUUUAAGCAAAUGCAAUUGGCUGGUGUAGAGCCUAACUCCACAACCUUUGCCAACAUCCUCUCAGUCUGUGCCAAAAUGGGAGUUUUAGAACAGGGAAUGGACAUUCAUCAAAUUGUAAUAGAAUGUGGAUUAUCGUCAGAUGUUCUAGUUGCAAAUGCCCUGAUAGACAUGUAUGCAAAAUGUGGAAGCUUACAGAAGGCACGUGAAUUGUUUGAAAAAAUGCCUCAAAGAGACGUGAUCUCAUGGACUGCAAUGAUUGCAGGAUAUGCACAAAAUGGCGUUCUUGGUGAAGCUUUAAGGCUUUUCAAAGAAAUACCUCAACCAGAUGUCAUCUCAUGGACUGCAAUGAUUGCAGGAUAUGUGCAAAACGGGCAUUGUGAAGAGGCCGUAGAAUUCUUUAAGAAAAUGCAAUUAACAGGUGUAAAGCCAGAUUCCACAACUUUUGCCAGCAUCCUCCCAGCUUGUGCCAAAAUUGGAGCUUUAGAACAGGGUAUAGACAUCCAUCAAAGCAUAAUUGAAAGCAGGCUAUUGUCACAUACUACAGUUGCAAAUGCCCUGGUAGACAUGUACGCAAAAUGUGGAAGCAUACACAAAGCACGUGAACAGUUUGACAAAAUCCCUCAAAGAGAUGUCGUCUCGUGGAAUGCAAUGAUUGGAGGAUAUGCACAAAAUGGCUUUUGCAAAGAUGCUCUCAAAAUCUUUGAAUUAAUGAAGCACUCCGGAACACAACCUGAUCAUGUAAGCUUUACUUGUGUUUUAUUAGCUUGCAGCCAUGCAGGUUUAGUUGACGAGGGCUGUAAAUAUUUCAAUGGAAUAAGUGACUCAUAUUGCACUAUGCCUACGCUUGACCAUUAUGUGUGCAUGGUCGACCUUCUUGGCCGUGCCGGCUAUCUCGAGGAAUGUCUAAACUUUAUCAUCAAAAUGUCAAUUAAACCUGUGGUGGUUGUGUGGAUGUGUUUGCUUGGUGCCUGUAGAUCAUAUAAAAAUAUAGGGUUAGGAGUAUUUACAGCAACUCUUCUUUUUGAGCUGGAUCUUCAAAAUGCUGCGACUUAUGUUCUUCUGUCAAACAUCUAUGCAGAAGGGGGCAAGUGGGCUGAGGUUCAAAUGAUAAGGAAAUUGAUGAAAGAUAAAGGAAUUACCAAAACACCUGGAUGUAGUUGGAUUGGAGAACGUGAGAUUGUACACGCUUUUUGUGUAGAAGACAGAUCACACCCAUCUGCUCGGAAGAGGCUUUUGGAUCAUUUAGAUGAUGUUGCUGAUUCAAUUAUUGAUGAAUUCCUUAGUAUGUUGGAAUUUGACAGUGACAUGGACCAUAUGCCAAAAAUGAAAGGUGUUGUGGCUGCCAAGGUUGAAGGAGAUGCAGACUCGCCAAUGUAUGACAAGGGAAGAUCAAAAGAAAGAGGGAAGAGUCCAAGAAAUCGUGAGAAAUCACAAGGUCGGUCAAAAUCCGAAGCUGUGGCAUGUAUAAAUGGUUUGAGCAACCAUGAACCGAAGAGUGAGAUAGAGCGUUUGCAAAGAGAAGCUGCUGAAGCUGAUAGGAGGCGUAAGGAACGGGAAGAGGCCAUGGCAAGAGCUGCUCAGGAAGCAGCUUUGGAAAGGCGGCGCCAAGAAAAGGCUCUAUUAAAUGUUGAUGGUUUUAGAAAUUCACAGGUGGAAUGUAAUCUAUGGCAGUCAACAUAUAAUAAUGCACAUAGUGCGCUGAAAAAUGUUGAUUCGCAGGAGUACUUGGAAAGUGGGUCUGGAAGUGAGGAUAAUGAACACCCAAUCGAGAAUGUGAGGAGGUUUGAGAGCUCUGUGCCAUCAGGGACUGAUGAUAAUGUGGUUUCAAGAGAAAUUUCGAGGGUACUAAGUCGUGGUACGAAUGGCAAUGUACUUGUAAGUGCAGAUUUUAGAGGCAACGGGUGGAGUAAACAUGUUGGUCCUGAGAUUUUAGAGAAUAAUGAAAAGGAUUGUUUGCAGGAAGAUGAUGGGAGGAGGAAGCAACAAAAGAUGGCAAUUGCAAAUGCUCUUGAAGUUGUAUCGAUGACUAUUGCAGAAAAUAAUGGAUUGCAACUCAUUGAUAUGGUUGAGAAGUUUGGAGGUUUAGAUGGGCAAGUACAACAAUACUUUGAAGGAAUGGUUCAGAGGUGUAAGGAUGUAGGGGCAACUAUCGUCAUUUGUCAAUGGGGUUUUGAUGAUGAGGCAAACCAUUUGUUGAUGCACUUAGGCUUGCCAACAAUGCGAUGGGUUGGUGGAGUGGAAUUGGAAUUGAUUGCAAUUGCAAUAGGUGGACAAAUAUUUCCAAGAUCUUUAGAAUUGAUAUUAGAUAAGUUAGGCAAGGCUGGACUUGCGAGGGAGAAAGCAUUUGGAACAAAAAAAGACACUCUUUCAAUUAAUUAUAAUCAUACAAUGCCAAUGCAAAAUACUUUGGCUGCCAAUCUCAAACUCCCAGAACUAUGUAGAGAGGGUCAAUUGAACAAGGCACUACACAUUCUGCUCACCACACACAACCCCACUUCGCAUUCCAAAAUAUAUCUUCAAUUAUUGCAGAUCUGCAUUGCCAAGAAUGCGCUUUCACAAGGUAUACAAAUCCACUCUCUCGUCACUGAGAGGGUAUUCCCAUUUGCUUCACACAUACCUUUUCAAAAUAAGCUUAUCAAUAUGUAUUUCAAGUGUGGGAAUUUGCUGCAUGCCCGUAAGGUUUUUGACGACAUGAAAGAAAGAGACGGCUUCUCAUGGAAUGCCCUAAUUGCAGCUUACCGAAGACAUGGGUUUCCUCGUGAGGCAUUGGCAUUGUUUCACCAAAUGCAACAAAUGGGUGUUCAACCCGAUCGGUUUACAUUUGCCACCAUACUUCCAGCCUGUGCCAAAAUAAAAGCUCUGGAACAGGGUAUGGACAUACAUGGAAGCAUAAUUGAAAGGGAUUUUUUGUCAGAUGUUGUACUUGCAAAUGCCCUUGUAGACAUGUAUGCAAAAUGUGGAAGCAUUCACAAGGCCCGCGAACUAUUUGACAAAAUACCUCAAAAAGAUGUGUUUUCAUGGAAUGCAAUGAUCGCAGGAUAUGCACAAAUUGGUGCUCUUUGCGAGGCUUUAAGGCUUUUUAAUGAAAUGCCUCUGCCAGAUGUCGUAUCAUGGAAUGCCAUGAUUGCAGGGUAUACCCAAAAUGGGUUAUUUGAAAAUGCCUUGGAAGUAUUUAAUCAAAUGCAACUCGAAGGUGUAAAGGCUGACUCUGCAACCUUUGCGAGCAUCCUCCCAACCUGUGCCAAAAUGGGGACAUUAGAACAGGGUAAGGGCAUCCAUCAAAUCAUAAUAGAAAGUGGUUUUUUAUCAAAUGUUGUAGUUGUAAGUGCCCUGGUAGACAUGUAUGCAAAGUCUGGAAACAUAACCAAAGCACGCGAAGUGUUUGACAAAAUCCCUAAAAGGAAUGUGGUCUCAUGGAAUGCAAUGAUCACAGGAUAUGCCCAAAAUGGGUUUGUUGAGAAGGCCUUUGAGACUUUUAAGCAAAUGCAACUGUCCGGUGUACAGCCAGUCUCUACGACCUUUGCCAGUAUCCUCACAGCCUGUACCAAAAUAGGAGCUUUAGAAGAGGGUAUGAGCCUACAUCAAAGUAUAAUCAAAAGUGGAUUUUUGUCAUACGUUGUAGUUGCAAGUGCCUUGGUUGACAUGUAUGCAAAAUCUGGAAGCACUCACAAGGCAUGUGAACUAUUUCACAAAAUGCCUCAAAGAGAUGUGGUCGCGUGGACUGCAUUGAUUGCAGGAUAUGUGCAAAAUGGAUUUGUUGAAAUGGCGUUGGAAACUUAUAAGCAAAUGCAAUCAGCAAUUAUAAAGCCAGAUUCCACCACCUUUGUUAGCAUUCUCCCAGCCUGCGCCAAAUUGGGAGCGUUAGAACAUGGUAUGGGUAUCCAUCAAAACAUAAUUGAGAGUGGAUUUUUGUCAGAUGCUGUUGCAAAUGCUCUGAUAGACAUGUAUGCAAAGUGCGGAAGGAUACACCAGGCAUGUCAGCUGUUUAACAAAAUGCCUCAUAGAGAUGUCAUCUCGUGGAAUGCCAUGGUUGCAGGAUAUGCUCAAAAUGGCUUUUGCGAGGAUGCUCUUAAACUCUUUGAAGUAAUGAAGCACUCUGGAGUAUAUCCUAAUCAUGUAAGCUUCACUUGUGUUUUAUUUGCGUGCAGCCAUGCAGGUUUAGUGGAUGAGAGCUGUAAAUACUUCAAUAGCAUGAGCGACUCUUAUUGCAUGAUGCCUGAUAUUGAUCAUUAUGUGUGCAUGGUUGACCUUCUUAGUCGUGCUGGCUAUCUUGAGGAAACUUUAAACUUUAUUAUCAAAAUGCCAAUUAAACCUGUGGUAGUUGUGUGGACAUCUUUGCUUGCUGUUUGUAGAUCACUUAAGAAUAUAGGGGUAGGAGAAUAUACAGCGACUCUCCUUUUCGAGCUGGAUCCUCAAGAUGUUGGGACUUAUGUUCUUCUGUCAAACAUCUAUGCAGAAGUAGGCAUGUGGGAUGAAGCUCAAAUGGUAAGGAGAUUGAUGAAAGAUAGAGGAAUUAAAAAGAAUCCUGGAUGUAGUUGGAUAGAAGGCAAUAGAAUGGUGCAUACUUUUUGUGUAGGAGACGGAUCACAUCCACAGACAAAUGAAAUCUAUGCAAAGUUGAACCGUCUCGCGAUAUGAAUGCAGCAUGGUAUUUUCCAGAUUCAAGACAUGUACUAAAUGAUGUGGAGGAGAACAAAGAAUUUUUUCUGCCAUCAUAGUGAGAAGCUAGCAAUUGCAUUUGGAUUGUUAAGUACACCCCCUGGAACAACUAUUAGAGUCGUUAUAAACCUUCGAUUAUGUGUUGAUUGCCACACUGCAACCAAGUUUAUCUCCAAGAUCGUUGCAAGACAAACUUUUAUGAGGGAUUGAACCGGUUUCAUCAUUUCAAACAAGGACAAUGUUCUUGCAGAGAUUAUUGGUGAUGCUUAGUGAAGCAACCUGUAAAGAUAAAUUUGCACCAUAACAAGGUGCACUGUGGACAUCUGGACCAUGCUAUUGACUUAUUAUUAUCAAAUGUAAAGCAUCUGACGUGCAUCACUGCCUACAGAUACAAUGACAUUGUUUAAAAGCCCUGUUUUAUGAUACCCUGAAAGAUGUCAUGACAUUAAACUUUUUUUGGGUAGCAUGUAUUUCUCUGAAUGAAAAGCUGGAAGAGGAGAUGAAGAAUGGGAAAAGGUAAAAGGAGAGGAAUGCUUGAAGAAAAUGAAAAUGUGCAUUACUUGAUAGAAAUGUGAGAAAAGAUGGCUGGGGUCUGGUUCGAUUGGUGAGAGCUUUAUGUGGUAAAGCAAGAGGUCAUGAGGUUGAGUCUCUCUCAGCCCACAUGAUACCAAAGGACGUGUCAUGCCAGCAGUAACGAUCAUGAUAAAAUUUUUACGAGGCACACUGCAGUUUAUAGUGGAGGCUACCCGAUUUCUGCAGUCUUGACAAUCAAUCUGGUGAUUAGAGAUUACAGGUUAGCAUUUCUUGAUUACAUUCUUUACCCAUCCUCUGUCAUUUUGUGUGGUCCUUGAUGGAGAUCUAGACCAUGCUAUUGACAUCAUAAAACCACAGGUACAGUAUCCAAUGUGCAUCACUGCCUACAUAUACAUAUGGUUAUUCUUUAGAAGCCCCGUUUUGUGAUUCCAUCGAUGUGUUAUGACAGUGAACUGUAUUUCGGGAAGUCUGCACUUCUCUGGAUUGAAAAUCUCAAGAGGAAACAGAGGGGGAAAAGGAAACUGAGAGAAUUGCUUUAAGCCUCGAAGGAAAUGAAAUCGUGCUUGGAUAGAUGGAAAAGUGAGAAAAUUGCUUACAAUCUAUCGGUCUUACAGAUGAUGGAAGAGAAUCUCUUGAUUUCAUUUUUUACCCCAUCCUAUUGCUAUGUCAGGUCUACCAUUUGGCUUUUAAUUACACGUAUAAGAUCAUCUAUUCAAUUUAUAUAUGUUGAGGUGGAUUUGGUCUCUGUUA